GGAAAAAAGAAUUCAAAAGAGCAAAGCUGGUUUUAGCUGGACUAUCUGGUUCUUUUCGAUCUCGAACUCGAACCAGCAAUGGCGUCGCCAUGGGCAACUUACUCUCUACUGCUCCUUUCAACUCUCUUUCCCUUAGCACAAUCGAGCAGCAACACUAACCACGUAUACUCGCCGUGUGCCGACACGAAGGUUCAGAGGUCCGACGGCUUCACCUUCGGCGUUCUGUUUGCGCCCAGGAACGCCACCUUUGCCAACGUCAACAACAACAAGGCCAUUCAGCUCUCUCCCUGCGACCGUCGCCUUUCUCUCCCCUCAAGCUCUCAGCUCGCUGUUUUCCGUCCCAAAGUCGACGAGAUCUCGCUCCUCACCAUAAACACCUCGAACUUCUUCCCGGAUACCGUUGGUGGGUACAUGGUGGCAUUUGCUGGUCGCAAAUAUGCUGCUAGGUCUGUCCCCGCCUUUGUUGCAAAUGGUAGUUACAUUGUGACAAGCUUUACUUUGGUUCUUGAAUUCAAAAAGGGUAGGCUGCAAAACCUGCACUGGAAGAGGGAUGGGUGCGCAUCAUGCAAACACAACACUAACUUUGCAUGCCUCAAUGGUCAAGAUUGUGCUAUGAAAGUUAAUACAUGCAAGAACCGAGGAGGGGGCAACGCAGACUGUAGCCUUGGGGUACAACUCACAUUUUCCGGCACUGACAAGCACGACUCGGUCUUCAACUCGUGGUAUGAAGUGAAGAACCUUCGCCAGUACUCCCUUUACAGCGUAUAUUCCAAUCUCAGGGAUUCUCUCUCAAGUCAAUACAACAAAUUCUUCUGAUUUUAUUUGGUGUUGUGUAAUGUACUAUCUAGGUUUCUGCCUUGUAACUUUUGCCUUGUAGCUUCCCAAAUUUGAGUACACCAUUCUUGUGCGUGCUGAAUAUUUGGAUGGUUUUGACUUUUGAGAAGAGUUCAUUCUAUUUAUUUAUUGAUUAUUGUGCCA